UAUGGCGGACAAUUCAGUCCAGAAGGGUCCGUGGAAAGACACGCUUGACUCAUUUGUAAAAUACGUCGCUUUAAACCCUAAAGAGUUUCUUUUCUAUGUUUUCUUAAUAUUGACCCCUUUGAUGGCAAUAAGUGGAUAUCUAUCCUUGAAGCUAGCAAAACAUAUAGAGAAGAAUGAAAAGGAAAAGAAGAAAAAAGCAACUCGUCAAACAAAUAUAGCCAAAGCAAGGCGCAGAGCAAAAGCUGAUUGAUUCCUCUUGUCAAAAAAAGAGUUCAAUGAUGCUGAGGUGGUUGUCUCUUGAAAGUGGCAAAAUAAUGAAGACAGUGACCAUGAUGUAGCUUAGAAAUGUCAUUUACCAUGAUUCCAGUGGCAACGGGUCAUUUGCCUUCUUUUAGCAGGCUAUCAGGUUUGAUGGUUGGUGAUGCAGCAUGCUCUUGAGUUUUGACUACCAAUGGAAAUAAUUGCUUUUGACCGCGACAACAUAUUUAUGGUCCAAAUCCUAUAAAGAAACUUGGUGUGCACCUCACUUAGCUGAUAAUCCUAGUAAUGUCACUGACAUGAUUGCACAGAGCAGCACAGCAACUGUAAUAAUAAACUGUGGCAAAAUGUUGUUUAGCCAUUCUUUUUACCUUAGUAUUUGUAAAUUAUUAGCAUUUUGAUCAUCAGCUGUAUUUUCAGAUCAUCAUGUAAUGGAAAUAGCCAUUAUUUAAUGGCAUGUAAAUAGCAAAAGCUACAGGUAAAUGAAUAAAACUCAAAUAUAUCUUUAAAAGCAGUACAUCA